AAAGAAUCGGUUGAACGUGGAGACGGAUAGAGACGAGAGAACAGAUCGGAGCAGAGCAGGUGCCGACCUAGGGUUCCGACCCUAGUUCCGGCGAUGGUGGAGACAACCAUGGAUUCCGGCAAUGGAGCACGGCAGGGACGGCUAGGGCUACUGUUGACGGCGAUUCCAUUGGUCCGGCUCUGAGCUUAGUUUGAACUCAGAAGCUAAUUCAGGGAGCUUUCUUCCUUUCUUAAUUUUAUUAUGUUUUUUUUUAAAGUUAAAAGUGGUAUUUCAGAUUUUUAUUUCCCAAUUUAUGAAUUUGAUAUCCAAUAUUUAAAUAUGUUUAUUUUCAAAUCUAAUUCUCUGUUGAAUGUUUAAGUUAAAUUAUAAGUGACGAAUUGUUUAUGUGCUGCCAAAUUUUCUGCAAUUUUUCUCUUCUCCCUCUCUACUUUGUUGAAAUGGCAGGAGGUCAAAGAAAAAGUUCCCGCACCGGCAAGAACGUGGCUUCUUCCUCGGCUCCUCCACCACCUGCGCACCAAUACCUCGACGGAUCUUUCUUGUGGUUCAACGACCGCGCAGAGGCGUCGCGGUUCUCGGAGAAGUUUGAGCACCGGGAGAUUCUUCCUCCCCGGAUCUCCACGGGCCGCUUCAUUCACGGCUCCAUUCAACGCCAGGCACGGGUCAUCCUCCAAGAAGGACACUUCCUUGACCUCCUCUACAUCAAGAAGAACGACUACCACCCUUUUCUCGUUCGAGCCUUCUACUCGAAUUUGAAAAAGGAUGAGGACGGUUCAUUGAUUUCAAACGUCAACGGGGUGGAGAUUAACUUGAAUGAGGAGAACAUUCAAAUCCUCACCGGGCUUCGUCAGGACGGACAGGAUAUCGGGCUCUACGUCGGAGAAGAAGGAGCGCGGUUCAACGAGACCGCCCUCUUGGAGGAAGUGGGCAUCCGAAACUUCGUCCCCACUCCCCAACAGUGGCGCCCUACGAUUACUUCCAUGAGUCCCGUGUUUCGAUUCAUUUUUUAUGUUUUGACACGGAUUCUCAAGCCUGGGAAGUUCAUUCACACCACUCUCUCCCAGGAGGACACGAAGACAAUUCAUGCGAUGAUUCACAACGCCAAUAUCAAUUGGUGUAAAUUUGUGAUGACUCACAUGUUCAACGCCACCUCCGACAACAGGCCGCUCCCCUAUGUUCUCCUUGUCAUGGCGAUCAUUGAUGAGUUCCACAUCAAGACGGACGUCGGGCCAAAAUCAUUGGGAGAUUGACGAGUCUUCCUUCCACCUGGGAACCGAUGAAGCUACGUUCCGGCAGCCUCGUCCUCGCCGCCAACCGAGAGACACUGCCUCGACCGCCGCCGCUUCGACCAAUCCUUCUCUCGCCGAGCAAAUGGCGGCUUUGACCACCACCCUCUCUCGGAUAGACACCAACGCCUCCAAAACGGCACACAACGUCAAUAUCUUGAGACGUGAGCUUCACGGGUAUUUUGACUUUGUCAAUUACCCGUACCCUCAAAUGGUCCCCUACGUUCCUCCACCGAAUUUCGGAGGUGAACCGAGUGGGACUCAAAACGUUG